CACUCACAGAUUUUUCUAUCCCUUCAAAAAAAUUCCAAGCAGCACCACAGUGGGAAACAGAGAGUAAUUAUUAAUUUCCAUCUUCUUCCUACAGAACCCUUUCUUUGGAUAUUUUGGAUAUCAUGGAUUUGGGGGCCGUCCUCCUUAUUAUUCAGAAGAGAUGUUUGAAGAUUAUGAAAAACCAAAAGAAGAAGAUCCUCCUAAAACAGAGACUCCAGCCACUGAUCCUUCAGUUAAUUCAACAAUUCCUGAGACUAACUCUACCCAGCCAAAUGCACCCAGUCCCAGAGCGGGUCAAGGCGGAAAUGACACCAGCCCAGUAGGAAACAAUGGUCAGGGGCCUAACACUGUGGGCAAUCCUACAGUUCAAAACAACCCUGUAGUAAAUGUUUCAGGCCAAGGAGUUCCAAGAAGUCAAACCCCAUGGAGACCAAGUCAGACAAAUAUUCAUGAAAAUUAUCCACAUCCUAACAUCCGAAACUUUCCUGCAGGAAGACAAUGGCGUCCUGCUGGUACCUCUAUGGGGCACAGACGUAAUGGGCCUUUUUACCGAAAUCAACAAAUUCAAAGGGGUCCUCGGUGGAACGCCUUUGUUUUGGAAGGCAAACAAGCAAUUCUUCCAGGAUACCCAGUAUAUCGCAGAGCUUAUGCCUCCACCGCAAGGGGCAAUUAUCCCAAUUAUGCAGGAAAUCCAGCAAAUUUCAGAAGAAAGCCUGAGGGGCCCAGUAAACAACCUGCAGGAACCAUUGCCCCUCUGGAUCCCAAACAUGGUACUACUGGCCACAAUGAAAACAUCCAAAAUCCAAAAGAGAAGCCAGUAAGUCAAAAAGAAAGAAUAGUUAUUCCUACAAGGGAUCCAAAUGGCCCCUGGAGAAACUCUCAAGACUAUGGAGUUAGUAAAUCAAACUAUAAACUGCCUCACCGUGAAGGUAACAUUCUAGUCCCAAAUUUUAAUUCUAUUGAUCAACGUGAAAACUCUUAUUACCCAAGAGGAGAUUCCAGAGGAACCCCAAAUUCUAAUGGACAAACUCAAAGCCAGAAUUUGCCCAAAGGGAUUAUUUUAGAACCAAGAAGAAUCCCAUAUGAAUCAGAAAUUAAUCAGCCAGAAAUAAAGCACAGUACAUAUCAGCCUGUGUACCCUGUGGGAUCUCCUUCCCCUGCAAGGGAACAUUUUCCUGCUGGAAGAAAUACUUGGAACCAACAAGAAAUCUCUCCACUUUUUAAGGAAGAUCCUGGAAGGAAGGAAGAACACUUAUCUCAUCCUUCCCAUGGUUCUAGAGGACUUAUUUACUACCCUGACUACAACCCCUAUAACCGCAGGGAAAACCCACCAUACCUUAGAAGUAAUACCUGGGAUGAAAGAAAUGGUCCUCCCAAUACAAUGGGGCAACCUGAAAAUCCACACUAUCCCAUGACUACUCCAGAUCCAAAAGAGACAAUCCCUUACAAUGAAGAAGACCCAACUGAUCCAACUGGAGAUGAACCUUUCCCAGGACAAACAAGAUGGGGUGUGGAGUUGAACUUUAAGAGAGACCCAACAGCUAGGUAUGAAGGCAAGCAAUAUACCUCAAACCAACCAAAGGAAUACCCUCCCUAUUCCUUAGAUAAUCUAUCAAAGCCCAGGGAGUAUUUUCCUUAUGGUGAAUUUUACCCCUGGAGCCCAGAUGAGAAUUUUCCACCACAUAAUUCUGCUCCCACUAUACCACUGCUUGUGGAGAACAGGGCCUAUUAUCCUAAUAAUGCUGUUGGACAAGAAGAAAACACUAUGUUUCCUUCUUGGAAUUCCUGGGACCACAUGGUUCAAGUCCAAGGGCAGAAAGAAAGAAGGCCAUAUUUUACCAGAACUUUCUGGAGUCAGCCAAUGAAUCUACCCAAAGCCCCUGCUAGUCCACCAUACCACAAGGAGAACCAGCCUUAUUCCAGUAACUCCCCAACUGGGUUUCAGAAAAAUCCAACAUGGCAUGAAGGUGAGAAUUUGAAUUAUGGCAUGAAAAUCACUAGGUUAAAUUCACCAGAGGGAGAACAUUUGGCUUUUCCAGACUUAAUUCCUCCACAUUACCCAGGAAGUCAAAAAGAAACACGUCUAUUUCACCUAAGCCAGAGAGGCCCUUGCUGUGCUGGUGGCUCCACAGGGCCCAGGGACAAUCCACAUGCUCUACAAGACUACACUCUAUCUUUUGGUCUUGUACCAGGGGUGAACCAAGACACCAGCCCUCUCUAUACAGAAGACAGUCAUACUAAGCAUGAAAGACAUACUAUUUCCCCAACAAGCAUCCUACCUGGCCAAAGAAACAGCUCAGAGAAAAGACUGCCUGGAGAAAGUCAAAACCCAAGUCCUUUCAGAGAUGACGUGUCCACUCUGAGGAGGAACACACCAUGUUCUAUAAAUAACCAAUUGAGCCAAAGGGGAAUUAGGCCCCUUCCUGAAGCCAGUUCCCUUCAAUCAAAGAAUAUACCUUGCCUCAAAAGUGAUUUUGGAGGAGAUGGAAACCAUGUUUUGGAACAAACAUUUGAAGGCAACCAGCUCAAUGAAAGACCUGUUGAUCUUACUCCUGAGCAGCUUGUUAUGGAUACACCUGACGAAGGUCCCAAGCCAGAAGGAAUUCCAAGUGAAGUGCAAGGAAAUGAGGGCAAAAGGCAGCAACAAAGACCAUCUACGAUCCUACAGUUACCAUGUUUUGACUCCAAAUUAAGAAAGUAUUACACCUCCAGCACUGGGACUCCAUCUAGUCUUGGGAGGCAAGGCUCAUUUGAUGGGGAUUCAAUUAUGCCUACCGAAAUUCCUAACUCAUUGGCUGAAUUAGCCACUGGGGCACAGUUUCAGAAUAUAAAUGUAGACCCACUUAAUGCAGAUGAUCACACUCCAUUUGAUCCUCUUCAAGUAGGGACCAAUCCACAGGACCAGGUUCAAGACUGCUUAUUACUUCAGGCCUAG